AUGAAAAAGACAACAUCAGAAAGCGAUAUAGAUGAUAUUGCAGAUAAUCCAAUAACAGAUCCAGAGUCGCUUUACACAGACUUUGUACUCAUCGCGGAAGGUGAAUCAGGUCCGAUGUAUGCUGCAAAACAUAUAGCAUCAGAUCGAACGGUAGCAAUAAAGAAAAUACCAAAGACGGCACAUAUUAAAUUAGGCAAGAUCAGAAAUGAAGUAGUUACGAUGAAGAUGAGUAGACAUCCAAACGUGGUAGAAUACAUUUCAAGCUAUGUCACCAAGGAUGAAAUUUGGGUUGUUAUGGAAUAUAUGGACAUGGCGUUAUCGGAUAUACUUUCCCUUGAAUACAAAGGAUCACAAAUAAGACUAGAGGAAAAUGUGAUCGCUCGUGUCACAAGAGACAUAUUAAGAGCGUUAACACGCAUUCAUAAACUUAAUCGUAUUCAUCGCGACAUUAGAAGUGACAACAUUUUAUUAAACAAGAGAGGCGAUGUUAAACUAACUGAUUUUGGCCAAUGUGCUCAAUUGACAAAGCUACAACCCAAACGAAACUCGAUUGUGGGCACACCUUACUGGAUGGCGCCCGAGCUUAUCAGGGGUCAGUACUAUGAUCACAAGGUCGAUAUAUGGAGUCUCGGUGUACUCAUUAUAGAAAUGGCGCAAAACAAUCCUCCUUAUGUUGAAUUACCACCACUCAAAGCACUUUACCUUAUAGCAUCCAGUGGAUUGCCUCCACUUGAAGAGCCUGAUCGUUGGUCAGAUCAAUUCAAGGAUUUUUUGAGUUUAUGUACCACAAUAGAUCCAGCAAAGAGACCUGAUGCAACUACAUUAUUAAAACAUCCGUUCAUUCUGUCAUUUGCUAGUACAACAGAUGAUAUUGUCCAUUUAAUUGAUACAGCAAGAAAUAUUGAAAGUAGUAUGCAAGAAGAACAAGAAGAGUAG